CCGUAAUGAUGGUACACCAAUGUUACCACCCAAUUUGUAUAGUCCAGCAAUUAUGCAGCAAGCGUUAAUUCGUCAAUAUUGGGCAGGUAAAAUGCAUUUACGUUUUGCAUUACCACCACAAUUUAUAUCACAAAUGUUUUUUGCAAAUAUUACUGCCGUACCUGUAUCAUCAUCAACUUUACCGUCAUCUUCUUCUGCAACUUCUCCAUCACGUUCACGUUUUGAUCAUGAUUUAAUACCAUAUAUCAAUGCUACUGCUACUCCUUCCACUACAACAACAACAACAAUAUCUGCUGCUAAUACAACAACAACUGCUACAAUUACUGGCAUUGUAACAAAAUCUGUUAUGCAAAAUAAUGAGAAAAAGUUAGCAGAUGAUCGACGAACUUCAAUCAUUUCAUAA